GGCUACCGUACCAUUUUCUUGAUUUUUACGGGAAAUGAAACCCCAAGUGACGGGUCUUAUUUACCCUAAAGGCCAAAUCCCUAUACCGCGUGGAUCGUAUUCACUGGGACUUGGUACGGUAUCUCUACAAAGAUGCUGGUCGCAUGAACCAUUCUAAUCUCGGUAGGAAUCCUCCUGGGUUCAUGCUGUUGUCAAUGUCAAACCAGGGGGUCUUAUAGAGGCAGCUGGGUCAUCUCUGUGGUACAGUCAGUGAUCAUCGUAGCGAUGACUUUGCCCCCUCCCCCGAAACUGCAGGCUCACGGCGGUAUUCCAAGGAGAGAAAUGGUAUACACAGGACUGGUGAAUCGGGGAACCUGGACUAGGGUCUGCACGAUCUAUCCCUUAAGGCGGGAAGCUAUACAGCUUAAACCUCAAUCCACAGGUGACGGGUUACCCUCAAAAGAAGCUAUUGAGCUAUGUUCUACACUCAGUAUAUGCCCUUGGUGAAUGUGAAAUCUCCUAGACUCGCUUAAUG